GCCUGUAUAAGUGAAGGGUUCGUGGGGCCGCGGGCGCGUCGUGUGGAAAGCUGUCAUUUGCAGGGGUAAGCUAAGGUUAGUCAGCGUACUUUAGCCGCCUCCGCCGACGACGACGGGGUGCAGCUUCAGCAACGUCCCCUCGAAACAGUUCCGCACCAUCGCCAGAUCCAAAUUCAACUCGCAGCCAGAAUUCCCGCCGCCUGCCGAUCGAAUCGCAAAAAUGGCCGACAUACCUGUGCAGACCCUUCACAGGGAUCCCCAGCUCUUUUACUGGAUUCUGAUUCCUAUCACGAUUGUCAUGGUCCAGACCGGUGUCCUGCGUCACUACGCCUCUGUCCUCCUCCAGACGGCCCCGAAAAAGCAGGACGCCCCGGCCAUGCGUGAACAGCGAUCCCUCGGUCGCGGCGUAGCACUCCGCUCCAACUACCAUUCUCUCUCCAAGAAGUCGUUUGAGAGCCGUCGCGACUACCUCAUCUCGGCCUACGAGAAUGGCGAUUUCUUGAAGGAGCCUGAGAAGAAGGGCCAGCCCCCAGCGAACCCCAUGUCGGACCCCGGUGCUAUGGACGGCAUGAUGGGCAUGAUGAAGAACAAUAUGGCCAUGAUGAUCCCAAACACCCUGAUCAUGAGCUGGAUCAACGCCUUUUUCAGCGGCUACGUAACCAUGAAACUCCCGUUCCCAUUGACCAUCAAGUUCAAGAGCAUGCUUCAGGCAGGCGUGCAGACGAAGGACAUGGAUCCCAGAUGGAUGUCUAGCAUCAGUUGGUACUUCUUGUGCAUCUUUGGUCUUCAGUUUGUCUACGUCUUCCUCCUGGGUAACGACAACGCUGCCAGUCAGCUCAACCAGCAGAUGCAGGCCCAGCAAAUGCCAAACCCCAUGAUGGGUGGUCCUGGCCAAGACCCCGACAAGCAAUUCAAGGCUGAGGCCGAGAACCUGGCCGUGGUGGACCACUAUUCUGUCCUGGACGACGUCGAGGGCCGUCUCCUGGCGAGUCUGAAGAAGGCGUAGAACAUAGGCCAAACAUAAAUAGAUCGGCUUUCCCGUCCGCUCCACGUUCAUUAACCGUCCCACCAUAGACAAACACCUAGCCCAUCGGCCGCCAUACUCCCCUUGAGCUUGUACGGCGUUUUUAGUGCUGCAUCCUCCGCUUGUGUUGGACCCGCCGGUGUUUGGUCGUGCCAUUCCUCGUCUAUCACCUGGAACCUGACCAUCUCGUGAUUGUCGUAGUAAAGCCGCUCGUUCUCAUCCAGGUUCCACACCCAGAGCUGCUCACUCACGUUG